AUGGCAACAACAACAGCAGCGACGAUGAUAACGGCAAUGGUGUUGCCAACGGUAGCAGAAGUGGACACUACACUCACUUUAAUGAUUGCUGAGGAUUCUGAAGACGAUGAUGAUGAUGAUAACAAUAUAGUGGUUCUAGAGCAAGAAAGUAUUUGCGCACAGAAUGGCGAAGGUGGUAAAAGUUGUCAAACGAAGAUGCAGAUGAAUGAGCCCAAACGAGCAGCGCAGCUUGGUAGCAGUAAUAAGCCGGAUAACAUAGCUGUUUCCAACAGAUAUGAAAUACGGGAGGAUUUGGAAAAUCCUGUCAAUGUGUCUGUUUAUGGAGCGGCAAAGGAGCUUGAUUUUGCAAAAAUUAAAACAUUAUUUUCAACUAAGAAGACAGCGACGGCGAACGAUUUACCAACUGUAACACCACAGAAGCAACUCGAAAGCAGCGAGGCGUUGGAUAAAGCAUCGAACGAAACCGUCGAUACGUCAAAAAAGCAGGUAUUAUAUAUCUUUUGGUUGUUCCACAUGGACUGUCGGGACUGUUUGGAUUGUCGAUGUGAAGCUGUCGGUGUUACCGAGGUACAGCCAAGCAUUAAGCUUCAUUUUCGGUCUACCUGUGUCUCGUUCUAA